UAUCUCCGAAAUUAAUCUGCUUGCACCUGUUGAAAUUAUGCCACAGUUAGCAAAGAAACGUAACACAAAUACCAAACCUGCAAAGAGUUGCCGCACCAAGAAACCUCUGCGUAGAAGUCGACGAAUUGUGCGUCACAGUGCCACAACAGCGCCAAGUGUGAAAAGCCUCAUAUUUACUGAACCCGAACCAACGGAUGGCUUUGAUAAGCGGCCGUAUUCCUGUAAUGUGUGUGAAAAAAGAUUCAGCAAUAAAAAAAGCGUCAAAACCCAUAUGGUAACGAUCCAUGAAGGAGGUAAACCUUUCGUUUGCGAAGAAUGUGGAACACGGUGGAGUACGAAAAAAUCACUUAAGCAGCAUCAAAUAGUUCAUAUUGACAAGUAUCCGUAUCAUUACUCACGAAGAUACGCAUAACAACACAAUGUACGUUUGCCCUCAUUGUGGACUAAAGUUAAACACAAGGCGCACUCUUCAAAUGCACAUGGUAGUACACUCAGAAGAGAAGAAAUAUAAAUGUCAACAUUGCGGAAAAGAGUACAAACGCUCAAA